AGUACUAGUAGUAGUGAAUGCUACAUUACAUAGUACAUGCCAUUCAAACUAAACCACUUUUUUUAAUGAUAUCAAUCAAUUAUAUCAAACAAAAACCAAACCCAAUUUUUCUCUCCAUCCAUUAGAACCAUGGGAGAAAAAGAGAAGACCAAGAACAACAAGAAGCAAAAGCAUCAACAUCCCAAUUCCCAAACAACCAAACAAACCUCAGAUUUCUCCUUCAAACCAAGCUCAGAGGUAAAAGGCAUAAGAUUUGGUGGCCAAUUCAUAGUAAAAUCAUUCCCAAUCAGAAAAGCCAAACCCCUAGAGCUUCUCAAAGUUCUUUCUUUCCCACCCACAACAACACCAACAAACAAAUCCAAAUCUCACAAACUUCCUUUCCCUUCCACAACAGCCUUCCUGCCAACAAACUUCACAAUCCUAGCCCAUCAAGCAUGGCACACACUAACCCUAGGACUUGGUUCCAAGAAGUCAAAGGUUCUUGUCUUUGUGUUUGAAACUGAGGCUAUCAAGUGUUCUGUUGAUAGAAUUUGGCCUCAUGAGAUUGCACUUGGUGAUGUGAACAAGAAACUCAUCAAGGGUCUGUCUGGUUUUGAAAUGGCUAGGUUCAAAUUCAGAAAAGGGUGCUUGACUUUUUAUGUGUAUGCUGUUAGGGAAAUUGGAAGCUUUGGUUUUCUUUGUGCUGAAGAUUUGAAGAUCAUUCUUGAAUCUGUUGUUGAACUUAAGGAUUUCUUGGAUCAUACUGUUAUGCUUUCUAUGGCAAAUCAAAGAAGCAUUAGUUUCUCUAAAUCUCAAUCUCAAAAUCAAAAUCAGGUUGCAAUGGCUCAUUGAUUAAUCUUUUGUUAUAUUAAUAUAUACAUAUUCAUGAUUCUUGGUUUAGGAUGUGAAUUUGUUAACAUGUUUUUUGUUUCUUAGUAUUUGUUUAUUUGUUGAUUAUCUUGUUUGAUUUUGUUUUUUUUUUUGGAUUUGGAGAAAAAAAAAAGUGUAAUUUAGAAUGAAUAA